CCAAAACUCCAUUGCCAAAUACGGAAACUAUUAUAUUCCCUUCCCCUGCCCUGUUUAUCAUUUAUACAACCUUUACUUUCCUCUGCUGCUGCAUGGAAUGCAUGCAUCCAAAUCCCCAUUGAAUCCCGUCAUUUGCAACGCUGUUGACUGUCAAGUACAAAAGAGGAAGAAAGCAGGGGUGUCAGAAGAGACAGAGCGGAGUAGUAAACCUGGAAAGCUGGGAAUCUUGAUUUUGAUCUGUGUUUGAUCGUUUUGUAUCGCUUCCUCCUUCCCACGGGCUUGCUUCUCGCCUUCAAAAUCUCACCUUUCCUCGUCUUCUUCUUCUCUUCUUCUUCUUCUCUAUCUGUGUUGAUGGAAUCGUCCAAACAGCCUGAAGAGGUCCUCAAGUUCCAGCAGGCCCUGGGCCUGUCCGCGACGCAUAAGAGAGAUCCAAGCCCUGCUGUAUCAGAAAGCAGGGAUCUUUUGCCUUCCGUGGUCGUGGCGGCGGAGAAAGAUGGGCAAAGGAAUCAACUUGUGCCGAAGCGGAGCUCCAAAAAGGAUCGCCAUACCAAGGUAGAGGGCCGGGGAAGAAGGGUUCGGAUGCCAGCGAUCUGCGCCGCCAGGAUCUUCCAGCUUACCAGAGAAUUGGGGCACAAGUCCGACGGGGAGACUAUACAGUGGCUCCUCCAGCAGGCGGAGCCCUCCAUUAUCGCUGCCACCGGCACAGGCACGAUCCCGGCCUCCGCACUCGCCUCCGCCGGUUCUAUCUCCCGCUCUGCUGCCGCCGCUACAAACAUCCAGCCCAAGCUCGGUGAGUUAGGGCAGGACGCUGCGUCCGCCCCUUGGACCUCGUUGGGGUCUGCUAACUUCACCCGACCCCUUCCAAGCUUGCUGCUUCCUCCCGGUGUCCUCGAAAGCGGAUUGUUCCACUCUGGGCAGGCGGCGGAGUCAAGUUCGAGACUUGGGAUUGCCACUUCCGCCAGCGGCAAUGGUUCGAUGAGCGGCUUUGCACCCAAAGCAGACAUGCAUGGCCUGCACUUGCCUGGCAACGACAUGGGCACAAUGAGCUUUGUGUCGAUGCUGACCGCCCACUGGCAGCAGGUGCCCGGGUUAGAGCUCGGCCUCUCCCAGGAGGGGCAUGUCGGAGUGCUCAACCCGCAGACCUUGAACCAGUUCUACUCGCAAAUUGGGCAUGCAAUGGGUUCUAGAGAGAGUGAUCAAUUUCAGCAGCAACAUCAGGCCUUCUCUACCAAAGACAAUUCGCAAGAAUCCAAAUAGGCUCUGGAAGAUCUCAAGAAAGAUAUGACGAUCCAAUAGAAUGAAACUUGUAUUCAAUGUCAGCUUGAUUAAUUGGUUCGUUUCGUCUGUGUCUUUGAUUUUUAUUCACAGUAGCAACUGGAUGAUUGGACUCCCUCUUCCUCCUUAGCCUGCAAUCUUCAUUUGCAGAUUCAGUUCUGGGCCUAGAGGCAGAGCCAGAUAUUUGGGCAUGCAACUUAUUGUGUCAUUUAUAUCAAGGUCUGUAAGUUAGAGUUUCAUCCUGUUCGACAAUAUGUCUGUUGUGAAUACUCUAUUCAGUUAUUCUAUAAGAAAAGGGAAAUGGGAAAAAGAUGCAUUGCUUGCUUAUUCUGUUAGUUUAAUCUGACAUUCUUUACUCAUUGUACCAAUAAAUGGCUUCAAACA